AUGACGGGCGGCUUCUUCGCCGCGGGCGGUCGCUCAGACAUCGCGGUCGCGCGCCAGGCGGCGGGCGCCAACCCUGAGAUCGCCAAGGUCCUCGUCGACCCCAAGUUCCCGGACGCCUUCCCCUUCGGCGAACAGGAGAUGCAGAGGUACGACGAGUCGUCCGACUUCCUCUUCUACUCGCAGCCCAGGUUCGUGCAGCACAUCGACGACGACGCCAUCGGCGCCCUGACCAAGUACUACGCCGAGGUGUUCCCCGAGAGCGGCAGGGAGGACACGGCGCUCCUCGACGUGUGCUCGUCGUGGAUCAGCCACUACCCCAAGGACUACAAGGCUGGUCGGAUCAGUGGGCUCGGCAUGAACGAGGAAGAGUUGGGUCGCAACCCAAUCUUGAGCGACUACGCGGUGAGGGACCUCAACGAGGACCCGACUCUGCCUUACGAGGACAACACCUUCGACGUGGUGACCAACGCCGUGAGUGUCGACUACCUCACCAAGCCGCUGGAGAUGAUGAAAGAGGUGAACAGGGUGCUCAAGCCCGGUGGACUGGCCGUGAUGAGCUUCAGCAACCGGUGCUUCCCGACCAAGGCGGUGUCCAUCUGGACGGCGACGGGUGACCUGGACCACAUCUGGAUCGUCGGUGCCUACUUUCACUUCGCGGGGGGUUUCGAGCCUCCGGCCGCGCAGGACAUAUCUCCCAAGCCGGGCAAGACGGACCCGAUGUACGUCGUGUACGCCAGGAAGAAGGCGUGA